AUGGAGCGGAGGUCGGCUCUGGUGUGGAUCUGUCUGCUGGGGGCUGGACUCGCCCUGGCCUCUUCCGUUACGACCUCCAAGGCCCUUCUUCGACCUCCACGGCUGCUUGGCUGCGUGUUCCUGAAUCGAGCUAACGUCACCUGCCGCUGGGAGGCCGGAAGCGCCUCAGCAACACGCUACACCCUCCAAAUUCAGAGGAUACCUGGAGCUGUGGCCUUGACGACAAACACCGCCCUGAAGACGUUCUCCUGCACCACGUCUGACACCAGCUGCACGGCCGAUCUCGCCAGAUCGUCCGUGAGGUUCACCUUUUGCAUCACCAUCACGGCUCACGGCCGCAGCAGCAACACAUCGUCCGAUCGUCGCUGUCAGCCCGGGAGGAUUGAAAUGAUGCUGCCUCCAGCGACUUUGAACAGCGUGAAGCAAGUGAAUGGGACACCUCAGUGUCUGCACGUGAUCUGGAGUCGCACCCUGUCCGAGUUUCCUGUGUCUGACACUGACAUCAAGAACGGAAGUCUGAAUUCCCAAAUUGAGGUCACAGCAGAAGGGCAGCUUGAUAUCCAGGUCACAAAGGUGACAGUGAAAGACUACAGCUUCCCAGUUUGUCUCCUCAGACCCGGCACUUCGUACGCCGUCAGACUCCGUCACCGGUACCGGGGCCCAGAGAGUCCCUGGAGCCCGUGGAGCAACACACAGCAGGGAAGGACAGCAGAGGACGCUCCAUCUGAAGCUCCAGCAUUCUGGAGGCAAGUGAAACAAACAGACAGGAACGGGUGGAGACUCACCUUGCUGCUUUGGAAGGCCCUGCCUCACGUUCUGGCCAAUGGCAGACUUCUCUUCUAUAAAGUGACUUGUCAGACAGAAAGUUCAACAAUUCUGAACGAUCAAGGCACCUGCAGAGAUUUGCACCCAACACGUACUUCCUGUACUUUUCUCCUUCCUGCUGAACGCUGCUCCUGUGCCUUGUCGACCUCCAACUCUGCUGGGACCUCGCCACCGGCCCUGAUAUGGCUCCUCGGAGCCUCUGAGACAGAGCCACCGUCACCGAGACAACUCACUGCCCGUCCAAUGGAUGACAACAGUGUAAACAUUAGCUGGACGGCUCCAGCCAAUCGAUCAGUGAGCGGCUUUGUCUUGGAGUAUUUCGCUGUCCGAGAGAAAGACGGCAGUGUCCUACACUGGGAAAGACUUAAUAGUUCUCAGACAACAUUUGUCAUAACAGAGGGAGUGAAGCCGAUGGAGCGUUAUGCUGUUUCUGUUAAAGCGCUGUACGCGCCAUCAGCUGGUCCUGUUGUGGCGGUGCAGAAGAUUACUGGGGGCAGACUGGAGCUCAGCUGGAGUCCUGUGCCUGUGGAGCUGCUUCAAGGAUUCAUCCGCAACUACACACUCUACUACACCGCUGCAAAUCAACCACACAGGAGUGUGUUUGUUCCUGGUAACAUUCAACGCUACACCCUGGAAGGCCUGUCGCCCGGAAACUACGACAUCUUUAUUCAGGCCAACACUGACGCCGGCACGGGAGCAGCUGGGCCCAUUGCUAAUGUGCACAUAGGCUCUGAAGAAAUCUCAAAGAUGAUGUAUGUCGUCCUCUCUCUCAUGGUGACCGGCUCACUCGCACUGGCACUGAUGGCGUGCCUGGCACAAAAAAAGAUAAAAAGGAAGCUGUGUCAAUUCGUUCCUGAUCCUUCCAACAGCAGCUUGGUUCACUGGAUCCCAAACACCACCUCACAGAGUAUGAAGCAGCCUUGGGAACCAGAGAGGCCUCAAAUCGAAAACUCUGAGGUUAUUUUGUUUGGUGAAAAUGAGUCUCUCAACUACGACCUGGAUCAGACCACAGAGAAUUUCAUCAUCUGUAAUCCAUCAUAUUCAUCUCUUCUGGACUCGUCUGGGUUUUGUGUUCCUCAAAGUGUCCAGAUGUCCAAGAAGUUGUUCAGCAGGGGCCGACUCAGAAAACCCUUCACCGCUGAUCUCUCCCCCAGCCCCAUCCUCUACUCCAACGUGGUCUUCUCUCACACUCUCAAAAAUCCUGCUGCACCUCCUCUGUCCCCUUCUCCUCAUCAGUCCUGUGAUUGGCGGCAGGUCAGCACUCGUGAUGUGAAGCUGCUGCUCGGUGGAAGCAGUGCAGCUUCACCUCAGCACCAAACCUCCACUCCCUUCUCUGAUGUCAGCAGUGUGUCUCCAUCCUCGGCCGUACAUCCGCACCCUGCUGACGUCACUUCACCCAAACACAUCAAACCUCAAAGCCUCUGCAGCUCGGGCCUGUCGCUCCAGCCUGACACCUUCAUCCACCCCAACCUUUCAUCUCAUCUUCCUCCGCUUUUUGUGGAUUUUUCCUACUGUCCUGCUGAGUGUGAUAAUCACACAUCCCCUGCUCUUUAA